AUGAAGACUAGCCAAUUCAACAACACGCUCGUCACAAUUCUGCCCAAGUACAAGGUGACGCUUCUGGUGGGGCAGACCAAGGCGUUCGGCAAGCUAAGCAACUGGGCAUCGAUCAAAAAGAAUGCGCACACGGGAUUCCAGAUCGCCGCGUUUAACAUGCUCGGCGACCUCCACACGAAGAAAGCCAUGCAGGGUUACCCUGUGGGCAAAACGUUCAGUACGGGAGACUACAAUUACCUCCAAACGAAGCUCAAGUCCGCUGGCAAAAAAAUCAUGCUUGGGACUUCAACCAGCAAUGGGUCUAUUGUUGAUUGGACACUCUACAUGGAUGCGCAAGUGAUCAUCCACGGUGUAGACACCGUUAUCAUGCCGCCCAAGUUCAAGUAA